CCGGAAAAGAACGAUAGUGAGCCAGGCAGCCAGAGGAUAAAACCUGUUUUUAUCGAUGAUGCUAAUUUUGGGCGACAAAUAUCCUAUCAGCAUGCAGCAGUCCAUAUUCCCACUGACAUCUAUGAGGGCUCAACAAUUGUGUUAAAUGAACUCAACUGGACGAGCGCCUUAGAUGAAGUUUUCAAGAAAAAUCGGGAGGAAGAUCCUUCAUUGUUGUGGCAGGUGUUUGGCAGUGCCACAGGCCUGGCACGAUAUUAUCCGGCUUCUCCAUGGGUUGAUAACAGUAGAACUCCAAACAAGAUUGACCUUUAUGAUGUACGCAGGAGACCAUGGUACAUCCAAGGAGCCGCAUCUCCUAAAGACAUGCUUAUUCUGGUUGACGUGAGUGGGAGUGUUAGUGGAUUGACACUUAAACUGAUCCGAACAUCUGUCUCUGAAAUGUUGGAAACCCUCUCAGAUGAUGAUUUUGUGAACGUAGCUUCAUUUAACAGCAAUGCCCAGGAUGUAAGCUGUUUUCAGCACCUUGUCCAAGCAAAUGUAAGAAAUAAGAAAGUGCUGAAAGAUGCAGUGAAUAAUAUCACAGCGAAAGGAAUCACAGAUUAUAAGAAGGGCUUUAGUUUUGCUUUUGAACAGCUGCUUAAUUAUAAUGUGUCUAGAGCCAACUGCAAUAAGAUUAUCAUGUUGUUCACGGAUGGAGGAGAAGAGAGAGCUCAGGAGAUAUUUACCAAAUACAACAAAGACAAAAAAGUACGUGUAUUCACAUUUUCAGUUGGUCAACAUAAUUAUGACAGAGGACCUAUUCAGUGGAUGGCCUGUGAAAAUAAAGGUUAUUAUUAUGAAAUUCCUUCCAUUGGAGCAAUAAGAAUCAAUACUCAGGAAUAUUUGGAUGUUCUGGGAAGACCAAUGGUUUUAGCAGGAGACAAAGCUAAGCAAGUCCAGUGGACAAACGUAUACCUGGAUGCACUGGAACUGGGACUUGUCAUUACUGGAACUCUUCCGGUCUUCAACAUAACCGGCCAAAAUGAAAAUAAGACAAACUUAAAGAACCAGCUGAUUCUUGGUGUGAUGGGAGUUGAUGUGUCUUUGGAAGAUAUUAAAAGACUGACACCACGUUUUACACUGUGCCCCAAUGGCUAUUAUUUUGCAAUUGAUCCUAAUGGUUAUGUUUUAUUACAUCCAAAUCUUCAGCCAAAGAACCCCAAAUCUCAGGAGCCAGUAACUUUGGAUUUCCUUGAUGCAGAAUUAGAGAAUGAUAUUAAAGUGGAGAUUCGAAAUAAAAUGAUAGAUGGAGAAAGCGGAGAAAAAACAUUCAGAACCCUGGUUAAAUCUCAAGAUGAGAGGUAUAUAGACAAAGGAAACAGGACGUAUACAUGGACCCCUGUCAAUGGCACAGAUUAUAGUUUGGCCUUGGUAUUACCAACCUACAGUUUUUACUAUAUAAAAGCCAAAAUAGAAGAGACAAUAACUCAGGCCAGAUCAAAAAAGGGCAGAAUGAAGGAUUCAGAAACACUGAAGCCGGAUAAUUUUGAAGAAUCUGGCUAUACGUUCCUAGCACCAAGAGAUUACUGCAAUGAUCUUAAAAUAUCAGAUAAUAACACGGAAUUUCUUUUAAAUUUUAAUGAGCUUAUUGAUAGAAAAACUCCGAACAACCCAUCAUGCAAUACGGACUUGAUUAAUAGAGUCUUGCUGGAUGCCGGCUUUACAAAUGAACUUGUCCAGAAUUACUGGAGUAAGCAGAAAAACAUCAAGGGAGUGAAAGCACGGUUUGUUGUGACUGAUGGUGGGAUUACCAGAGUUUAUCCCAAAGAGGCUGGAGAAAAUUGGCAAGAAAACCCAGAAACAUAUGAGGACAGCUUUUAUAAAAGAAGUCUUGAUAACGAUAACUAUGUUUUCACUGCUCCAUACUUUAACAAAAGCGGACCUGGUGCUUAUGAAUCAGGCAUUAUGGUAAGCAAAGCUGUAGAAAUAUAUAUCCAAGGAAAACUUCUUAAACCUGCAGUUGUUGGAAUUAAAAUUGAUGUAAAUUCCUGGAUAGAGAAUUUCACCAAAACAUCAAUCAGGGAUCCGUGUGCUGGUCCAGUUUGUGACUGUAAAAGAAACAGUGAUGUAAUGGAUUGUGUGAUUCUAGAUGACGGUGGGUUUCUUUUGAUGGCAAAUCAUGAUGAUUACACUAACCAGAUUGGAAGAUUUUUUGGAGAGAUUGAUCCAAGUUUGAUGAGACACCUGGUUAAUAUAUCAGUUUAUGCUUAUAAUAAAUCUUAUGAUUAUCAGUCAGUGUGUGAGCCUGGAGCUGCACCAAAACAAGGAGCAGGGCAUCGCUCAGCAUACGUGCCAUCAAUAGCAGACAUAUUACACAUUGGCUGGUGGGCCACUGCUGCUGCCUGGUCUAUUCUACAGCAGUUUCUCUUGAGUUUGACCUUUCCACGACUUCUUGAGGCAGUUGAGAUGGAAGAUGAUGACUUCACAGCCUCUCUAUCAAAGCAGAGCUGCAUUACCGAACAAACCCAGUAUUUCUUCGAUAACGAUAGUAAAUCAUACAGCGGUGUAUUAGACUGUGGAAACUGUUCCAGAAUCUUCCACGUAGAAAAACUUAUGAACACCAACUUAAUAUUCAUAAUGGUUGAGAGCAAAGGGACUUGUCCCUGUGACACGCGAUUGCUCAUACAAGCAGAACAGACUUCUGAUGGUCCAGAUCCUUGUGAUAUGGUGAAGCAACCCAGAUACAGAAAAGGACCUGAUGUCUGCUUUGAUAACAAUGCCUUGGAGGAUUAUACCGACUGCGGGGGUGUUUCUGGGUUAAGUCCCUCCCUGUGGUCCAUCAUCGGAAUCCAGUGUGUACUACUUUGGCUUUUAUCUGGCAGCAGACACUACCAGUUAUGACCUUCUAAAACCAAAUCUGCAUAUUAAACUCCAGACCCUGCCAAAACAUGAGCCCUCCAUUGCAUUAAAAGAGGGUCAACUGUGGAAUCAGCAGACCACUAGCUCAGACCAUCCCAUGGCAUCACUCUAAGACACAGACUCUUA